AUGGCGGCCUCGAUCAAUCACGCGCAUCCGCGUCAUGAUGUACCUGACACAGGCCCAAAAAUGGUCAAUCGGUUGCAGCAGAGCAAAUCCCCUUAUGUCCGAGGACAUAUGAACAACCCGGUAGCAUGGCAAGUCUGGGAUGCAGAAUCCAUGGAGCUUGCCAAGAAGUACAACCGUUUAAUCUUUCUCAGUAUCGGUUACUCUGCAUGUCAUUGGUGCCAUGUCAUGGAAAAAGAAUCGUUCAUGUCAUCAGAGGUGGCUUCGAUUUUGAACGAGUCCUUCAUCCCGAUCAAGGUUGAUCGCGAAGAGCGACCAGAUAUCGACGACAUCUACAUGAAUUAUGUUCAGGCCACAACGGGCUCUGGUGGCUGGCCCUUGAAUGUGUUUUUGACUCCUGACCUCGAGCCCGUGUUUGGUGGCACUUACUGGCAAGGCCCAAAUUCAAACACAUUUACGGGCCCGGAGGCAAUCGGGUUCGUCGAGAUUUUAGAAAAAUUGAGAGACGUCUGGCAGACACAACAGCAACGUUGUCUCGACAGCGCCAAAGAAAUUACCAAACAAUUGAAGGAAUUUGCCGAGGAAGGGACUCACUCGCAGCAAAGUGAUCGUGAUAAUGAUAAAGAGGAGGAAAUGGAUAUUGAGCUUCUAGAAGAAGCGUAUCAGCAUUUCGCAUCUCGAUACGACUCAGUCAAUGGCGGGUUUGGCCGCGCACCUAAGUUUCCUACACCGUCUAACCUCGGCUUCCUACUCCGGGUCGGUGCCUACCCAACUGAGGUCAAGGAUAUUGUAGGGCAUGAUGAGUGUGAACAAGCAACCGCGAUGGCCGUCACGACACUAGUGAACAUGGCUCGCGGUGGCAUUCGAGACCAUAUUGGCCACGGAUUUGCACGGUAUAGCGUGACGACGGACUGGGGUCUUCCUCAUUUCGAGAAGAUGCUUUAUGACCAGGCACAGCUAUUAGAUGUUUACGUGGACGCUUUCCGGCUCACUCAUGACCCCGAACUUUUAGGCGCUGUUUAUGAUCUGGCUGCCUACCUAACGAGCGACCCGAUACAGUCGCCCACUGGAGGGUUCUUUUCCUCGGAAGAUGCGGACAGUUACCCUCAUCCAAAUGACACCGAAAAGCGGGAGGGUGCCUUUUAUGUCUGGUCUCUAAAGGAACUCACUUCCGUCCUUGGCCCUCGGGAUGCCCCAGUUUGCGCCAAACACUGGGGUGUUCUCCCUGACGGCAACGUUCCACCCGAGCACGACCCGCAUGAUGAGUUCAUGAACCAAAACGUGUUAUCCAUCCGCGCCACACCAAGCAAACUCGCUAAAGACUUUGGUCUUAGCGAGGAAGAAGUGGUUAAGAUCAUCAAGUCUUCAAAGCAGAAGUUACAGGACUACCGCGAGCGAACACGCGGGCGACCAGACCUGGACGACAAGAUUAUCGUGGCCUGGAAUGGGUUGGCGAUCGGUGCGCUUGCCAAGUGCAGUGUUCUGUUUGAGGAGAUCGAGAGCUCCAAGGCUGUGCAGUGUCGCGAAGCGGCAGCACGGGCAAUCAGCUUCAUUAAGGACAAGCUCUUCGACAAAGCCACAGGACAGCUAUGGCGCAUCUACCGCGAUGGAAGUCAUGGAGACACCCCAGGUUUCGCUGAUGACUACGCAUACUUGGCUAGCGGGCUGCUCGACAUGUAUGAGGCUACCUUUGACGACAGCUAUCUUCAAUUUGCCGAACGACUGCAAAAGUACCUCAAUGAAUACUUCUUGGCUCAGAGUGGCUCUACAACUACGGGAUACUACAGUACACCUUCAGUCACCACCCCCGGCAUGCCUGGCCCCCUCCUCCGCCUGAAGACUGGUACCGAGUCAGCAACACCGUCGGUAAACGGAGUCAUUGCGCGUAAUCUGCUGCGCCUGUCCGCUCUGCUCGAAGAUGAGAGUUACCAGACCUUGGCCCGGCAAACGUGCAACACAUUCGCUGUGGAAAUCAUCCAGCACCCCUUCCUGUUCGUAGGAAUGCUGGACGUGAUUGUGGGCCUCCAGAUUGGCACUCGCACGGUGACGGGUGUGUUCUCCACCGCCGAUGUCUCGAACCCUAAUCCACGUGGUGACAGUCUCCUCAGUCGCAAUGAUGAGCCUGUGUCGACAAUUGACAUAAUCCGGCGGCGAAUUCGGGAGGAGGCCGGCGUGGCCGUGUCCUCGUCUAUUGUGGUCACUUCGCUUGUUGACAUUCGCCCUUCACAUCUGAGAGACUUUGUGGGGAAUCAGUCUUUCUGGCUCAAAUCCCGCAACCCCCUCUUUCAAGAUUUAAAGGCUGCCGAGCCGGCCAAGAACUACUUGAUGGUUUGUGAGACCGGGAAAUGCCGAAAUAUUGAUAUCUAG